GAGUCGCCGAACUCUGGAAGGGAACGUGACCCGACCCCUCCCCGAGCUGCCGAAACGCGGCGUCCAGCCGAGCAGCGGGCUCGGGCGGCCGCGGGAUGGGCGGGCGGACGAGCGCGCGGCCCCGCCCGGCGCCCACCGCCCUGCCCUCGCCUGUCUCCUCCUUUCCCCGGGGCUCCGCUGAGUUCAUUCACUGGGAUUGGUUUCAAGUGACGCCAUCUCUUUAUUUUUAAACCAAUGACCUCAUCCGCGCUUGAAGUUUCCUGACCAGCGACUCUUUCUCUUUUCCCCAACCCCCCACCCCACCCCCCCGCCUUUCCCCCUCUUUCUGUGUAUCACUGUUUGGGGGGCUUUAAUCAAAUUUUAACGAUUAUUCUCACCUCUCCUUCCCCCCUCGGCUUUCCCCACGCGGCCCCCACCUUUACCUCCCCAAGUUCUUCACCCAUUUCGACAUUUGUUUUUGGAAGACUUGAUUGGGGGGGGGGGUGGAAGAGAAAGAGUGAAGAAAAGUUGCAAACGUCUCCUCUUCCUAAGCCUCCCGCCCCCGCCCACCCCUCAGAGAAGGAGAAGAUAAUAUAGUGAAAAGAAGAGGAGGAGGCGAGAGCGACGGGACGGGACGCAAGCGGGAGCGCAGCCGCCCUCCGGCUCCGCGGCGGCCCCUAGCUAGCCCGGGAGCCGAGGGCCCGGAGAGGAGACGCCGUGACAACUUUCGAUUCCCUCAGAGGGAGUCGGGGGGUCGGUGGCCCCAGAAGCUGUCAGUCCAGUGUAAAGCUGUUGGAGCGAGGGAGCAAAGGUAAAGAAUGAUGUAAUGCACUGGCUGCCCCAAAGCAUCUUUUGUUGUGGAAUGGUUAUUCCAGUCAUCUCUCGAUGAAUCAAAUGUGAGGGGCUGCUUUGUGGAAGGAGUCCUUUGCAAGAGCACAUCAACGGGAAAGAGAAAGAGACAUUCAGUUGGAGGGCUCUUGCUGAAAAUGGGUUUAACUCUCCUUUUGCCAGUCACCACCAGCCUGACCUCAUACAUUUUUAGUACAAUGGAGUGGCUGAGCCUUUGAGCACACCACCAUUACAUCAUCGUGGCAAAUUAAAGAAGGAGGUGGAAAAAGAAGACUUAUUGUUGUCAUGGCCCAUGAGAUGAUUGGAACUCAAAUUGUUACUGAGAGGUUGGUGGCUCUGCUGGAAAGUGGAACGGAAAAAGUGCUGCUAAUUGAUAGCCGGCCAUUUGUAGAAUACAAUACAUCCCACAUUUUGGAAGCCAUUAAUAUCAACUGCUCCAAGCUUAUGAAGCGAAGGUUGCAACAGGACAAAGUGUUAAUUACAGAACUUAUCCAGCAUUCAGCGAAACAUAAGGUUGACAUUGAUUGCAGUCAGAAGGUGGUAGUUUAUGAUCAGAGUUCCCAAGAUGUUGCUUCUCUAUCAUCAGACUGCUUUCUCACUGUACUUCUGGGUAAACUGGAGAAGAGCUUCACCUCUGUUCACCUGCUUGCAGGUGGGUUUGCUGAGUUCUCUCGUUGUUUCCCUGGCCUCUGUGAAGGAAAAUCCACUCUUGUCCCUACCUGCAUUUCUCAGCCUUGCUUGCCUGUUGCCAACAUUGGGCCAACACGAAUUCUUCCCAAUCUUUAUCUUGGCUGCCAGCGAGAUGUCCUCAACAAGGAGCUGAUGCAACAGAACGGGAUUGGUUAUGUGUUAAAUGCCAGCAAUACCUGUCCAAAGCCUGACUUUAUCCCUGAGUCUCAUUUCCUUCGAGUGCCUGUCAAUGAUAGCUUCUGUGAAAAAAUUUUGCCAUGGUUGGACAAAUCAGUGGAUUUCAUUGAGAAAGCAAAAGCUUCCAAUGGAUGUGUCCUAGUGCACUGUUUAGCAGGGAUCUCUCGCUCCGCCACCAUUGCCAUCGCCUACAUCAUGAAGAGGAUGGACAUGUCUUUAGAUGAGGCUUACAGAUUUGUGAAAGAAAAAAGACCUACUAUAUCUCCAAACUUCAAUUUUCUGGGCCAGCUCCUUGACUAUGAAAAGAAGAUUAAGAACCAGACUGGAGCAUCAGGGCCAAAGAGCAAACUCAAGCUGCUGCACCUGGAAAAGCCAAAUGAACCUGUCCCUGCAGUCUUGGAGGGUGGACAGAAAAGUGAGACAUCCCUCAGUCCACCCUUUGCUGACUGUGCUACCUCAGAGGCAGCAGGGCAAAGGCCUGUGCAUCCUGCCAGUGCGCCCAGCCUACAGCCAUCACUGUUAGAGGACAGUCCACUGGUACAGGCACUCAAUGGGCUUCACCUGUCCUCUGACAAGCUGGAAGACAGCAAUAAGCUCAAGCGUUCCUUCUCUCUGGAUAUUAAAUCAGUUUCAUAUUCAGCCAGCAUGGCAGCAUCCUUACAUGGUUUCUCCUCAUCAGAAGAUGCUUUGGAAUACUACAAACCUUCAACUACUCUGGAUGGGACCAACAAGCUAUGCCAGUUCUCCCCAGUUCAGGAAGUGUCAGAGCAGACUCCAGAAACCAGCCCAGAUAAGGAGGAAGCCCACAUCCUUAAGAAGCCCCAGACCACCAGGCCUUCAGAGAGCAAGCGUCUACACUCAGUAAGAACCAGCAACAGUGGCACCCAAAGGUCCUUCUUAUCUCCACUGCAUCGAAGUGGGAGUGUGGAGGACAAUUACCAUACCAACUUCCUCUUCGGCCUUUCCACCAGCCAGCAACACCUCACCAAGUCUGCUGCCGGGCUGGGCCUCAAGGGCUGGCACUCAGAUAUCUUGGCUCCCCAGACCUCUACCCCCUCCUUGACCAAUAGUUGGUAUUUUGCCACAGAGUCCUCUCACUUUUACUCUGCUUCAGCCAUCUAUGGAGGCAAUGCCAGUUAUUCUGCCUACAGCUGUAGCCAGCUGCCCACUUGCAGUGACCAAGUCUAUUCUGUGCGCAGACGGCAGAAGCCAAGUGACAGAGCUGACUCACGGCGGAGCUGGCACGAAGAGAGCCCCUUUGAAAAGCAGUUUAAACGUAGAAGCUGCCAAAUGGAAUUUGGAGAGAGCAUCAUGUCAGAGAACAGGUCGCGGGAAGAGCUGGGGAAAGUGGGCAGUCAGUCUAGCUUUUCAGGCAGCAUGGAAAUCAUUGAGGUCUCCUGAGAAGAAAGACACUUGUGACUUCUAUUGAGUUUUUUUUUUUCCACAAAAAUAUUCCCUGUAAAUCUGAAAUAUAUAUAUGUACAUACAUAUAUAUUUUGGAAAAUGGAGCUGUGGUGUAAAGCAAAAGGUGGAUCAACACAGUUCUCUUAGCAUCUGCAUUUGAGAGAUGAGCUAAUAUUUCUCUCAAGAAAAGUGGAAGGGCAGAUGUUAGAAUCCCCCUAACCAGAGGAACCAACUUGUAUUCCGUGAAUUGCACAUUUAUUGCUCCUACAGAAGCAUCUUUGAUGUCAGAGGACAAAAUCCCAUACCAUUUUCACGUUGUGCUACAAUGAGAUCUCAAAUAUUUGUCUUUGUCCAGUCCCUUCCAUAGUGCACCUUAGUGCUGAGACUGAGCCACUGGUGGGUCGGGUGGGUAGACCUCUUAGGGACAGAACCUAAUGGUUAAAUCCAAGAGAAAUGAUCCUAUCCAAACUGAUUCACAAAUCCAAGCUCACCUGACAGCUGAGUGACAUAAGCAUCAUUCUGCUGCAUGGACCAUUAGGGGCCUCGCCCAGAUCUACUUUAGAACAAACCCAGUACCUCAGACAGGACAGUCGGGGCUUUCACCACUACCAUGUCUGGGAGCCCGUUUUCUAGGCAUUGUGAAUAGGUUGGUAGCUAGUCAUACUUUUCAGAACAAUUUAAAACUCUAUGCACAAAAUUCCAAUUGGGCCUGGAUGGAGUAGGUUGUUUUCUUCUUCUUUUCAGCUUUAUUUAAAGAAAGAGAAGAGAAACCAUCUAGGAUUCACCUUAGCUAGGAAUCUGGCGGUAUAAUGAUUUAAGCCAAGAUUGGGAGGCUAAACAAGUCUACCUCCCUUUUAUGAAUCAAAGAAUUGUUUAAAAUGGGAUUGUUAAUCCUUUCAUUAAAGAUUAACUUGGUUUAAAGUCAAA